AGGGAGAACGCUCUCUGCUCCUGCCUCCUCUCCUCCCUCAUAUCUAAACUGCAACUCUCUCUCUCUCUCUCUCUCUCUCCAUCGCCACUACUGCUGGCGCAGCGAGAUGACCAACCACGCCAAGGUUCACGACAGCAGCAGAGAAAACUUAGUGGAUGCCUACUCAGGAAAGCUUGGGGGGUGGGGCUGGCUUUUGGUCACCUUAUCCUUGAUGAUGACAAUUCUGACCUUUCCUAUCAGCAUAUUCAUGUGUAUAAAGGUAGUGCAGCAGUACGAACGCGCGGUUGUGUUCAGACUGGGACGCCUAACCGACAAGAAGCCUAAAGGACCAGGUAUCAUCUUUGUGCUGCCCUGCAUUGACACCUUUGUGAAGGUGGACAUGAGGACUGUGUCCUUUGGAAUCCCACACCAAGAGAUCCUGACCAAAGACUCGGUGACGGUGUCUGUGGACGGCGUGGUGUACUUCCGGGUCAACUGCCCCAUCUCGUCGGUGGUGAACGUGUCCAACGCCCACUUUUCAACUCACCUGCUGGCGCAAACCACCCUGCGGAACGUCCUGGGCACCAAGAACCUGGCCGAGCUGCUGUCGGACAGGGAAGGAAUGUCGCGCAGCAUGCAGGUGUGCCUGGAUGAGGCCACAAAUCCGUGGGGCAUUAAGGUGGAGAGGGUGGAGAUCAAGGAUGUGACCCUCCCUCAGCAGCUCCAGAGAUCCAUGGCGGUGGAGGCAGAGGCCAUGAGGGAGGCCCGGGCCAAGGUGAUCGCGGCGGAGGGCGAGAUGAACGCGUCUCGGGCGCUGAAGGAGGCGUCGGUCGUGAUCGCAGAGUCUCCGUCCGCCCUGCAGCUGCGCUACCUGCAGACGCUGGGCACGGUCGCGGCUCAGAACAACUCCACCAUCGUCUUCCCCCUGCCAAUCGACCUCAUGCAGCACUUUAUGUACAGGAAGUGACCCCCCCCCCCACCCCCCCACCUGCUUAAGGGGGUCACCGCGGGAAUCACCCAAUCACGGUGAUCCCCACUGUCACUCUUUUAAAAAGCAUGUUGUCAUGACAACAGCCUCAGAGAGAAACCACACUAGACACAUGCUUAAUCCCACACCAGGCCAUAUAUAUAUUUCUCUAUAGACAAUAUGCCUAAUGGUGAAAGGCGAGUAUACCUUUAGUAAGCUGAGAAUGAUAUAGCAAUGAUAUGGCAAUACAAUCUUUAUGUUUUUUUUAAAGCAUGUGUUAUGGCACUUUAGGGGUCACUGUACUAUAUGUCAACAAGUAUCCUAAAUCUCUUGCUGUUUAUAAAUAUUUAAAAAUAAUUAAUAUAUAAUAUACUAUAUAUAAAAUUGGGUAAUGCAAAAUUUUGCACAUUUUGGUAAAUUCUCUGGACAUAAAUUGCAAUAGAUAAUGUAUGGAAGAAUGAAUAAAUGAAAAAAUGUUCCUGCUCAAUCAUCACAUCACCAAACUUCAAUGUUUAACCAUGUAAAAUAGUAAAUAGCAUAUGUUGGAAUAGCCUUAAUUUAGGGUUAUGAACACUGUAUGAAGUGUAUGUAUUGUAAAUAAAAUUAUUAUUUUUUA